CGAAUUUUGUCGAAAUAACUUUCAGAGGUCUCUCUAUUUUCAAAAAGACAACUGACAUACCUGACCCAAAAACAAGCCCACCUCAUGCUUCUUCACUUCGGGAAGGUGCCCGCCCUAAUCGUUUCCUCCGCCGAUGCUGCCCGGGAAGUCAUGAAAACCCACGACCUGGCUUUCGCCAACCGGCCCGAAUCGAUCGUGACCAAGCGGCUUCUGUACGACGGCAAAGACGUCUCCGUCGCCCCUUACGGCGAGUACUGGCGGCAGCUGAAGAGCGUCUGCGUGCUUCAGCUUUUGAGCAACAAAAAGGUUCAGUCUUUCCAUCACAUCAGAGAGGAAGAAACGGCCCUCUUGACCAACAGGAUCGAACAGUCCUCGGAUCCGGUGAACUUGUCCGAGAUGUUUGUGGAGCUGACCAACAACGUUGUCUGUAGGUCUGCAUUUGGCAGGAAAUAUAGCAGUGAAGGGCAAAUUGGGAAGCGUUUCAUUCUGCUGUUGAAUGAAUUCCUUGUCCUGCUCUCCCUUAUCAGUGUUGGGGAUUUCAUCCCGUGGCUGCGGUGGAUUGACCGCGUCACCGGUUUCGAUGCAAGAGCGGAGAAGAAUGUCAAAGCCUUGGAUGAUUUUCUGGAAAGAGUGAUUUCGGAACGCGUGGAAGGAGGGAUAUACAGGGAGAACUUUGUCAAUGUUUUGCUAGAUAUUAACCGGGAUAGCAAUGCUACUGGUCUCUCAAUUGACCGAGAUAGUAUUAAAGCAAUAAUCUUGGAUGUAUUUGCGGCUAUAACUGAUACCACAGCUACUGUUCUGGAAUGGGCUAUGGCGGAGCUCAUAAGGCACCCCACGGUUAUGGGGAAAUUGCAAACUGAAGUGAGAGGAGUCAUGGGAACCAAGCAGGACAUGACAGAGAGGGACAUAGAGAAAAUGCAUUAUCUGAAAGCCGUGAUCAAAGAAACUCUUCGCUGUCACAUGCCAAUUCCGAUGCUGGUCCCACGAACAUCGAGGAAAGAUGUGAAAAUAAUGGGAUACGACAUUGCAGCGGGGACAUUGGUGAUGGUUAAUGCUUGGGCUAUCGGGAGGGAUCCCGCGCUGUGGGAUGAACCAGACAGGUUCCAGCCCGAGAGGUUCUUGAAUUCUUCGAUAGACUUCAAAGGACAGGAUUUUGAGCUCAUCCCGUUCGGGGCAGGGAGAAGAGGCUGUCCUGGGAUUGCAUUUGCCAUGUCUACCAACGCGUUUGUGCUGGCUAAUCUCGUGAACAAGUUCGACUGGAAAUUGCCCCAAGGGACAAAAGUGGAAGACUUGGACAUGACUGAGCGGCCCGGGGUUGCCAUCCGUAGAGCCGUUCCUCUUCUUGUAGUUGCCUCCCGGUGCCAUGGUUAAGUAGAGCACCAUGGGGUAAUGUAAUUAUAGGUUACAUAUUGAUACUCCGUAGUACUAAUGUGUUGUGUAAUACUCCUACCCACAAGGGUUACUUGUGAAAGUUAAGCAUAUGAAAUAUGGCAUGUCUAAAGAUGGUCCUCUAAUUACUAACUAGAGUGAGGUGUGCUACUGUUUACUACUUUGCAAAUGUAGUCACUGUGCUUUUUUUGAAUCAUUGGAUGGAUCAUCCAACAUCACUUGUACCUAGAAAUGUUUCUAAUAUAUGAACUCUGUAUCU